GAAGAUCGAUAGUGCUAACGUUUUGGCGUGCACAAACACUCUAAUAUCUUUGGUUGUAGCGGUUAGCGAGUAUCAACUGUCACUGCAAGUUCUUUGCCGGUUAUCCAUAUGUCCUCUGGUUGACAGUUUCUGUCAACAUCAUCAACAAAGAUGUUACCAAGAAAGUAAGAGCCAGAGCUGUUAUUAUACCAGCUGUGACUGGCUCUCCUUGACUGGACCAUCGAGUCUGACAUUUGAAGAUGUCGCGAGUUCUAGAAUGGAGUAAAGAUAUGGGAAGUCAUGAAUGAACGAGUCUUUCUUAUUUGAAAUGAUUAACCUAAAUUGUCGUACAGAGAAAAUAAUUUUUGGAAAACUUUGUAAUAUAAGCAUGGAUACACCUGAUUAGUUCUUUUCAUGUCAUGUAUGAUUCGAGAAUUCUCUUAUUCAUGCUGGACUACGCGUUUCCAGACGUUUUUGUGCAGAAAAAUAUGAAGAUGUGUAUGUGAAGUUUAUUAAUUCUCGUUCAAAAUUAUUGUGCGAAAUAGUUUAUCUCGAGAACACCUAUCUCAUUGCCUCAUAUAGAAGGCGAAAAUGAUAGUAGAGCCGACAUUGAAUCUGUGCUCUCUGUCAGUUUGGCAGUUGAUCCAUAGCAGAGAUGUGAAAAUAUGAUUUAUCUUUUCAGACAUUACUUUGAGAUCAUUAUUUUGCCUACUUGCAUAUUCUUUUGAUAUGCGUCUCUUGCAAAUGCCAUUUAACAAUUUGUCCAGAUGCUCUGGCUUGUGUCUUUUUAUAACUGUUUACCUAAGUUUGUUCGUAAUAGCUGGCAUUAUUCUUUUUGGACCCUUAUUAAGAAAUAGUAGAAAUGGUGUUUUAAUCCUUCCUGGCAACUAUCAGUUUUCCGAAGAUAAAUUAAACAGUAGAUCUUCAGAAUAUUUCUCUUCAUUGGGUGCUUUUACCCAAAGACCUAAUAAUGCACAAAAAAGUAGCAAAAGACCCAUUGAAGAAGAAGAAGAAGAAAAAGAAGGCAUCAACCUACUUUUAAGAUCUACUUUUGAUUUUUAUUGGCCACACAGCUAUUCUACACUUGUUAAUUGUUCAACUUUACAAGAAAUAUCUGAUACAGAAUUUGUUGCUGCUGGAUGGACAAAAAUUGUGUAUAAGGGGACAUUCCGAGGUAAACAAGUUGCAGUCAAAACAGCAAGAUAUAAUGGGCGUGAUGUUCAAGAAUGUCAGAAAGAUAUUGGCUCCUCCAAAACAUGCUUUGAAAGAGUUGAUGCCAAGAUUCUUAAGGAAGUUGUUUUGCUGACAGAUCUUGCUCAUGAAAAUGUAGUAAAGAUUUUGGGGUUUUGCAUUCCAGAACUUGAUGGUACAGCAACAUUAGUUACUGAGCUGGGUGAGCCAAUUGACACUGUGCGCUUGCUGCAGAUUUCAUGGGAAGAUAGACUACGACUUGUGUUGGGAAUUGCUCAAAUUUUGAAUCAUUUUGCUCACUCUCCAUUGGGUCCAUUAUCAAUGAAUGACUUUCGACGGGAACAAUUUGUUAUUGUCAAUGGUGUACUGAAAGUGACAGACUUGGAUGAUGUGGGCAUAGGAGACCCUGAAUGUAUCAAUGAUGAUAUUUGCAAAAAUAUAACAAAUUUUGCUCUGAACAGAAAUACAACAAAAGAAGACGGUGACACAAGAUUUCCUUCUUGCAUCAAUUUUCGCUGUGUGGGUCAUAAUUCCAGAACAAACGUAUGGCAUGCUGGGCAACAUUUUGUCAAGUUAUUGCUUCCCAUAGGAGCUCCAGAGAACCUCAAACCACAUAUACAAAACUUAAUAGACACAUAUGAAUUCAAGAAAAAAGUUUCUCUUUAUGAGGAAGUACCAUAUAUAUUGCAGAAAACACAACAAAUUGUUGACCUUUAUAAAUCUGGUGAAUACAUGAACACAAGCGAAGGCCUGGAUGAACUAGGUACUAUAUUUAUGAAAUAUCAAUGGUCUCAAGGAGUGGCAUGGUGGGGUGUGGGUUUCAAACGAAUAAGUAAUGCUGAUUUACCUGGAAUGUUUGAUUAUCAUUGUCGCAACUCAAUAUCAGCUGUGAGUUGUGUGAUAUCAGUGUUCAAUGCAGAAGAAGCUGCAGAGUUAUGUGCUAAAGACCCAGAUUGUAAAGCUGUAGUCUUGAGCAAGGAGCAAACAUGGACAGGAAGGACUAUUGCCAUUUUCAAAAAUGGAUUCAAUUCACCUAGUGUGGAGGAAGGCUUUAUUCUCAUUCACAAACAAGGUUUGUAGCAGGCUGAAGCUCGGGUUCAAACUUUUUACUUUUUCUAGCAAACUGGAGGAUUGUGGAUUCUCAUCAAGAUAUUCAUGCUGAAUUCUAAUAUCAAUGAAAGACCUAACAAUCACACAUUUCAAUGUGAGUUAUAAGGUUAAUGAAGAUCUGAAAUGAAAUUUUGAAAUGGAUCGGUAGAUAUCAGUUGUUAAUAGCUUCAUUAUAGAAGUCAAUAGGAACUAUUUCGAGGAUAUAUUAAGGAUAAAAAAACAAACAAAAAAAAAACGCUUACCUUGAAACUAUUAUGAGAUGCUGAGAUAUCUACUUGGCACCCAGAUGUACAUACUAUUAUUUAUAUUGAAGAAUUGUUUAUAACAGAAACUCAGCAAGGUUCUAAGAUAAAUUAAUUUCAUGACAGAUUAAUUUUUAGUGAUGCAUGCUGGAUUGUGGAACAGCAGUUUCUCAGCGGCUGGAAUGAGCCCACUAGCAAGCUCUAGCAUUACAAUAGUUCCUGAAUAUGCAGUUGCUCAGUAAAAUGUGAGAAAUGCCACAUUUGAUUCGAGGUUUGAUAUGUUUCCCAAAUUGUACAUAAAGUUGCAAGUAAGAAAAAAAUAAUGCAACUGCAAUAUAACCCUCUGUAGACAGAGUUUUUAAGGAACAUAGUCUCUGCUUUUAGCAAACUUGUUUUGUUGCAGAUAUAGUUAAAAACUUAGGUUGAAUUAUUUCUACAUUUUCAAGAUCCUUUUCUGUAGAUAUUGAAUUCUGUUUCUUCAAUUUGUUUAUGGAAAUAAAACUGCAAGAAAAUGCAGUUCUUGUAACUAGUGUUUCCAGCUGUUAUUGCCAUAUUAUACAACUGUAUAUACAGAAAGUGCCAUAGGAUGAGCAUUAUCAAAUGUACCAAAAGUUUUCAUUGUUGAAAAAUGCAUUGUACAUAUUUAAGUGGUUAUAUUUGGUUGUAGAUGGAAAGAAAUUUACUUCCAGAAAUGCUCCUGUUAUAUUUGACAGGAAAAGUGUUUAACGUAAGGAUUUUUAGUAAAUAAAUAACCUAUGUAAUUACUGUACUAGUCGUGAGAUACAAUUGCUCUGUGAUAUUACAAGUUGUAUUUUAUAUCUUUUAAUAAACAAUGUGCGAUGUAUAUCUGUUCUUUUUGUUCUGUGCAAGAUGGGUAGGUAAAAGAAAACUUUUAGAAAUAUUUCUGCAAUGACCCUGCUUUUUUCCACUUUUUAACAAUAUGAAUUUUAUAUAUUUAUUUUUCUAUUAGAUCUGCU